AUGGCUCGUCCCCCUGGCCGGUGCACUGCCGCCCUGCGCAUUCAGCAGGCCACCAUGGCUGGCGAGGGUCUGCAUAGGGGCGCUACGAGAGCCGCCUCGUCCUUUGACUUCCGCACGCUGGACCCCGAGGGGGUGAUCUUUUUCGGGGACAUGGGGGACCACAGCGACUGGUUCGUCCUGGGGCUGCGGCGGGGGAAAGCGGAGAUGCAGAUCAGCAGUGUCAUGACGAACAUCAGCGUGCGAGGCGGGCAGCGGCUGGACGACGGACAGUGGCACCGAAUGCUGGUGAUGAACGAAGGGGACAGCGUGCGGCUGGAAGUGGACGGCGACGAGCUGCUGACCCUGGGCCACGUCUCGUACCCCAUCAUCGAGCGCCGCACAUCCAAGAUGCGCCUCGCCGUGGGGGGGCUGCUCCUCCCGGCCUCCUACCUGCUGGCCCCGGUGAGGAGCCCGGAUGCCUGGGCCCUGGUGGUGUGCCUGGGUAACCGGACCGAGCUGAGGCUGCCUCUGCCAGAGGGGCCCUGCCUGGAUGCCCCCCUGCGCCUGCAAGUCUCCCCCGCCCAGCUGGCCCUGCAGCUGGGUGACCACGGGGACACCCUGCCCGGGCAGCCCCCCGACUUCCAGUGGCUGCAGGAGGCCUGGGUGGGCCAGGAGGGGCGGCUCUUCAUUGGCGGGCUGCCAGGUACAUUCCCCCCCAGCCCUGGCCCCCAGGAGUGGGGGGCCUUUCGGGGCUGCCUGCAGGGGAUCCGGGUGCAAGGCCAUCAGCUGGACCUGGACUCAGCUCUGUUCAGGAGCGACACCAUAUGGGCUCACAGCUGCCCCGGCGGCCAUGAGAGGGCGAGACGGGGGAGCUGAGCC